AGUCUCUUGACAACGCCGUGUCAUUCAAGAUCUUGCAUGUUGUUGAUGAGGAUUUCAGUGAGGCUUUCAUUGAGCCACCUUCAGGCUACUCAGGUAGCCACGUUAAGUGGAGCGUGAGGUCCCUGUCCCCCGUGUGUCCCAUCAUUCCAGCUGAUGAACAGGCUGAAUAUCAUGGCAUGGUUAUGAUCUACAAACAGCUGAACACCAACAACAACAUCUUCCAUGUGUACCUGGUCCUAAAUAACGUCUCUGCCAUUAAAGAUAUAUGCGAACAGGUUCAGAGCUACCCGAAUAAAUACGUCAGGGUGACUAAAUCCUCCAUGUGCAGACUGGUUGAGGGGAUAUUUCGCUUUUCCAGUAAGCCGGAGGGAGUGGUCAGACCUCAGGAGCUGGAAUUUACACUAGCUGAGAUAGCGGUAAUAGGCUUUUUCGAGGUCUUCUUUGACAAGCAGCCUCCGUUUGAAUGGUCUCUAAGAAAGAGGAGAACGGAUGAGGUCGUCUGGUCUGCCACCAUCAGAGCAGACGACUGGCAAGCUGCAAUAAAAGAAAACCCAAGGAAAAGAGCCAGAUGUGACGAUGAAUUGAGAGCAAAUAGCCACCGGGGUCAGGACCUGUCAGAGAAGCAGCUCCUGCAGGUCGCCAAUAAGUUUGGGUCAGAGUGGAAGGAGGCAGCCAUCUACUUAGACUUACUGAGCAAAGAUCUGGAUGACAUCCUGGAGAAAGAGAAGGAUGUGACCAUGCAGAAGCAUAGGAUGCUGGUAAUGUGGAAGAACAGAAGGAGGAAAGGAGAAGCUACUGCGUCUGCCCUGUUGGAAAGUUUGAAAGAUAUGGAUAAGUUGUCCACUUACGUUCGCGACAUUCUGCAAGAUUUAAUGACGGCAGACGAUGAACGCAUGGACGAAUAAGAAAAUCCAUAAAAAUGGAUUCAGUUACACCCACUCAGAGAUGAUAUCAAACAAACGGGGACGCCUGCUGGAGACUUUGUGGAUCUAAGGGAGCCGACCACUUCCAUGU